AUGGAGUCAAUUGUGUUGAAUGGGAGGAUGGCUAGAUGGCAGAUUUUGCUCUCCGAGUUUGAUAUAGUAUAUGUAAAUCAAAAGGCUGUCAAAGAGAGUACGAUAGCAGACUUUUUGGCCAGCAGAGCUUUAAAAGACUAUGAACCUCUGGAUUUUGAUUUCCUGAAUGAAGAUUUGAUGUGUGUGGCAACUGCUGAAGAGGAUUCUCAAGAAAAUCACCCUUGGAAGCUAAAUUUCGACGGAGCUUCGAAUGUUGUAGUUAAUGGGAUUGGGGCAAUCCUUGUGUCCCUAAAUGGAGAUCAUUAUCCUCUCAAAGGGGAAUGGGAAACGAGAGACCUAAAGUUAAUCCGUUAUCAGAGAUUGGUUCUAGAGUUGAUCGAAGAGUUUGACAAUAUCACUUUUUGUUAUCUCCCACGAGAAGAAAAUCAGAUGGCUGAUGUUCUAGCUACCCUAGCCUCCAUGAUCAAAGUGAACAAACUAGAAGGCAUGGAGCCUAUUGAAAUGAGCAUUUAUGAGACCCUGACCCAUUGCUACAGUAUUGAGGAAGAGGAAAAUGAUAACCAUCUUUGGUACCAAGAUAUAUUGCAAUAUGUGAAGAAUCACGAGUACCCUGAUCAGGCAACGGAGAAUGAUAAGAGGACAUUGAGGAGACUAGCCAUUGAAUAUAUCUUAGAUGGAGAGAUUUUAUACAAAAGGAGAAAGAAUCAAGUACUAUUGAGAUGCGUGGACGCUGUGGAGGCCAAGGAAAUAUUGGAGGAAGUCCAUGAGGGUAUUUGUGGAACAACUUCUACCAGGGCAACGCCUUUUUCUUUGGUUUACGGGAUGGAGGCAGUUUUACCCGUUGAAGUUGAAAUCCUUUCUCCCCGAGUAUUAGCUGAACUAAAGUUGGAUGAGGCCAAAUGA